AUGCUUUGCACCAACUUACUCAAGCCAACAUCAUCGUUAUCCCAAGCUUCGUCAUCUAUAAACUUACAAGCUGGUGAUCAUAGUCUACCUCAUCCUCAAUUUAGAUGCCAACCUCAGCCUGGGCUUCAAUCUCAAGGUAGAUCCGAACCCCAAUGUAGGAAUUGCUCCACAAACAACUCAAGGGAUGUAGCUACGAAUCUAUCAGUAAAACAGACUGACCCUACAACAAUAGAAGACGUUAUAGACACACAACCAGGCAGUAAGAGCCACGAGAAUCUGCCAAGUUAUAUUCGAGCAGGGCCAUCCUGGCGCAACAUAGAAGCCAUCGAUUUGGACGAUGCUGCUACAUCACUUACACGAACAACCACAUCAUCAAACAACGCCAUUCAGUACAGUCUUACUCUCAAAUGGGCAAAGUAA